AUGGUUGGGGGUGCUGCUGCAUUCGCGAUAUACGACCGUGAUCAUUUGCGGUUAUUGAAUAUCAUAAACGAUGCUCACCAGAAGAAUAGCUAUGAUUUGGAACUAUUUAUACACUGUUCAUUGGAUAUAGUAGAUGAGAAAGCAGUGAAAGCUAAUGAGAUGUUCCUUGGUCAUCUCUAUACGGAUCAGAAGUACAAGUCCUUCGGUUUUAUUACGAAUACCGGUGUACGGAUGAUUUUGGUGCUUGAAGCCAACAAUCUCGAAUGGAAAGAUUUCGAUAUACGAACGCUGUUUAAACGGUUCCACAACCUAUAUUGUAACGCCAUCUCCAACCCUUUUCAUACCUUUGGUGAAGAAAUACGUUCAAAGUAA